UCGAUGUUUCUCCACCACCUCUACUGUGCAUGACAAUUUUUAUUCAGCCGAAUUGCCUUUUUUGUAACGAAAACAGGCUGUCAGUCAGUAGUAAACCGGCUCAGAAAACUUUUAAGCAGCAUUUCGCAAGUAGCAACAAAAUGUCGGCAACAGCAGGAUCUAUUCCGCCUCCAGUUUCCUGGGCUCAGCGCAAUGACUUGGUCUACGUCAUUAUUGAUGUGGAGUGCAAGGACAUCGAACACAAAGUGACGGAAAACAGCUUCACCUUCAAGGGCGUUAACGUGCUGGAUGCGUCAAAGAAGUACGAGGUCACACUAAACUUUCUGCACGAGGUGGAUCCUGAAAAGGUCACCAGCAAGAAUAUUGGCCGCUGCUUAGAGUUCACAAUACCCAAGAAGGCGGCUGGCCCCUACUGGUCUUCCCUGACCACGGAUAAGACCAAAUUGCAUUUCCUGAAAGCCAACUUCGCCAAGUGGCGCGAUGAGUCCGACGAUGAGGAGGGUGGAGAUGCCAAGGACAACGGCAUGUUUGGAAAUUUCCUGAACAGCCCUGGUGGCGACUGGAACAACAAGUUCGACGACUUCAAUGUCGACGAAGAGGAAGAGGAUUCGGAUGACAACAUCCCCAGCCUAUCGCAGAAUGACGAGGAUGAGGAGGAGGGCGGCGAAGGCGACAAAAAGAAGCCUGCUGCUUAGAUGGUGUCUAGCAUUUUGGCGUAGUCAUAGCGUUGGCCGAGGCGCUUAUACCAUUAAGUCAACACGAACGCAACACUCUCCCUCUCCCACGCACUCAAGAAGAAAUCACCCAGCCACAUCGCCCAUCAAAACAUCCACACACGCAUGCGUACAUAAUACACUAUUCCAAUCGAAAAGAAAUCCACAUUUAAUUUAGAUGAAUAUACGUAUUCAGGGGAGCAAUGUUAACAAGAAAUAACACAAGGAACAAGAUGAAUUAGCGCCGACAAGGGAAACACAUAAGUUUUACGCUAGAAAUUAACAACCGGAGGAAAGCUACAACCAAUUCAUUGCAAUAAUCCUUUUGCAAUUUAUUAUUUUUGUUUCCUGUAAAUAAAGGAAAUUACAAUAAACAAAAUUUAAACCCAUACAGUAAACUUAAUUUUAACAAGGGUAGCCGACUUUUGGAAAUCGUAGUUUGUAAAAUUUGCUAAAGGUGAGAUAUUCCUCUAUUCUCAUACUAGAGGAUCGUUAUAUUUAUUUUUUGAUGAAAAACAACGUAGUCAAGUAAUCGAUCGUUAUAUUAAUUUUGAUGCACUUAUCCCUUUUAAUAAUAUUGAGAACAUUUUAGGAUUAUACACAAUAACUGUAACUGAAAAGUAACGUAAUCAAGUAAAUUAUCAUUUAAAA